AGUCCUUUAAAACUAUGUUACCUUGCUAUGCAGCGAUGUGUCAAGGUGAACCGUGGUGAUGGUAUCCUGCGGCGUGCUGGUGAAAAUGCUCGGGCGGAUGGCCAGGCCCAGUUGUUGAGUGUGUUGAGGAGGUCACGGCCCAGGGAAGACUGGAUAGAAGCUGCUGCUGGAUUUUGCCUUGGAGGGCAGUUCAAAGAUGCAUCACAGUAUGCGGAAGCCAUCUCUGAAGCCUGCUGUUAUCGGAAGCUGUGGCAGGUUGCCAAAGAAGUGUUGGACGAGAUGCGUGUCCGAGGCAUUGCCAGAGAGUUGCCCUGCUACAUUGCAGCGAUUCGUUCUUGCGGCAAGAGUGCAUGGCGGCAAGCCUUGGCGUUUUUCGAGCAGAUGCGUAGUGACAGAAUGGAGCAAGGAGCACUCUCACACAAGGCUACCUUGAAAGCCUUGGAACACGCGCAGCGCUGGCAGGAGGUGCUGGCUUUGCUUGGAUCAAUGCAAGCUCGUGGCCCGGCACCUGGCUUGGAAGAAUAUUCGCUAGCAUUCCGUGUGUGCGAAACCAGGAACACAGCGGCUGCCAAAUAUUUGCUGGGCAGUCUGGAUGCCUUGAUCCUCCGGGACGAGCUCAACAUGUGUGGAGAGGAUUGGAGCCGGGCCUUGGACAUUUUCAAAGACAUCUCAAGCAAACGACUAGUUCCUGACAGGGAGAUCUACAGUUCCACCAUGCAAAUCUUAGAGCAAAGCAGCCAGUGGGUGAAGGCACUGCAACUUCUCGGUGAGUGGCGCACGAGAGGAUACGCGGCUGACGAGGUCACUUACAGUUUGAUGGUGAAAAGUUGCUUACGCGAGGAGAAAUUGGAAGAGGCUAUUGUGCUGACGAAGGAACUCCUGCAAGCUGGACUACAGCUUCCGACCGAGAUAUAUGAGGCGCUUAUAGUGGCCUGCAGUGCUCGGGAUCAGUGGCAGUGGGCCGUAUUCUUCUGGCAAGCGGCCCAGGGUGGCAUAACCGACCCGGAUGUGCACGAGUCGAUCAUUCGGGCCUGUCAGGUUGCAGGUGAGUGGCAGUGGAUCCUCACGAUAUUGAAGGCAAUGGAGGAGGUAUCGCUCCAGCCGAGUAUAACUGCAUACAGCUCUGCAAUUUCAGCUUGCGAGGAGGCCCAAAAGUGGGAGUGGGCGCGAGAACUGCAGCAGAAGGUGGACAGAGUCAAGGAUUCAGUUGCACCUGAAGCCAAGGUUGCAACAGCAGCUGUAAAAGAUGUCGAUGCACUACAGGAAGGCGAGCUUACAAAAGAAAGCCUACGUGGUGUGCUAGAAUCGUCUGCACAGUCCUGGCAGUUCUCUUUAGCAAUGCUUCGUCAGAUGCAAAGUCGCCAAGUGCAGCCAAGCUUGGAUGCCUUCAAUUCUGCAGUUGCUGCCUGCCAGCAAGGUGGUCAAGUUGACGCCGCAAUCAGCGUGGCAGAGGAGAUGGAGCAGGCCGGUUUCGACCUUGACAUCAAGUUGUACAAUGAGCUGAUCAAUUGGCUUGAACCUGGCAAAGCUCAGAAGACUCCAGCCGCAAUCCGGCAGAGUUGGUCAAUGCCGCCCGGUUCUUUCCGAUUGGUGAGGCGGAAGCACGGAGGAAGACGCCCGAAAAAAGGCAGAUCUCAGCGUCCACCUUGAGUUCCCGAGAGAGCCUUCACUGCAUCGCACCAGUCAGUGGAAUCAUGAAGGCGUUCAGCCCUGAGCAUGUCAUGGCGAUCACAACUAACUAUGCCUUCCACGCCAGGCGUGCCACUGAGCGUCCAGAAAUUUGUGCCGGUGGUUGAGGAUCAGCAAGUUCAUGCCAGCCUUGGGACCGCAAAUUGUGGUUGGUGCCGCCAACUCGGACCUUUGGUGUUGGACCUUGUGCGUAGUUGGCUGAGCGGGCGACGCGAGAAGAUGGACGAGGUCGAGCCAAGCACAGUCAAGCUGAGAGCAAAAUGCC